UUCUCCCCGCUCGCUCACUUGCGCAACCUCGCGACUCCACACGUGUCGUACCGGCUGUGCCGUGCUGUAGGAGCCAGCCCCACUGCUCAAGCGGGAGUCGCGGAAGAGAUGGAAAAACUGCGGGCGAACCUCCGACCUCCAGGCGUCGCGAACAAAUAACGAUGGGCGCUUCUCCUCCUCAGUGCGCCCGCGUCGUGAAGCCCACGAGGUCGGAGGCCUGGGCUCUGGCAGCAGGCUGCCGCUGGACGCCGGAGGCAUCGGGCCGGGCUGCUCAGAGGCGUGCCCGCGCGACAGGCGCGCCCGCCCCGGCCGACAGGCCUGCGCUCGCACGAGGCGCGCCGGGCCCCGGCCAACGUCGGGCGCUGCUGCGUGGGGGGGGGCCAUCAGCUCAGAUCUCCGACGGUGUGCUUUGCUCAUCUCGGCGCCUCUCCUCGACCUCGGUCUCCCGGGGGGCCGUCAUCGGGUCCCAGGGCCAUCGAUCGAGCACGGAUGCGCAAGGCCGCGCCGGCCAGGGUCGGGACGCCGACGCCGCUCGCUGGAGGAGCCUGGGCCAAGCCGAGCUCCACAGACUGCGGUCCGCUGUCACACCUGCGGCACAACGCAGCGUGCGAAUUAGUGUCGCCGGACAAUUCCCUCCGCACCUAUGUGGGCGCGGCGAGCCGCCCGCCGCCGUGCCACGGGGGGACGCCGCGGCGCCGCGGGGCGCGCGUCACCACAGCUCCUGCGCACGACCUUCGGUCACCAGCCGGUUGACGCAGUCAUUGCCGCGGCUGCCCAGCGCCGCGGCGAGCUGCUCGCGCACGGCGCGCCCCAUGGACACCGCGCCGC